CGUUUUUAAGUACACUGCGCUAAAAUGAGCGGUUCAUUCACGAGCUCGUACUCUGACGGAAACUUUAAUUCAACCGAAUGAGUUUAUGGAUUAGCGCGUGCUGGGGCUAUGUGACUGACACGGGGAUUAAUCUUACGAGAGCUCGUCUAAACCGCAUCCAUCCAUCUGGAAGGGACGCUCCUCUCCGCACACUCCGUUCUCCUCCAUCUACCUGUUAAUAUGCAACAGCGGUACCAGUUUCUCUGAGUAAAACCGCGCGGUCGUUCAGGUUCUCACAGUGUUAUGCUUGGCUGCGAAACAGCCGAGCCACCAGCACCAAAACCCGGCUUUCUCUCCUCCACAUGGACGAAGACGAGGAGCGGUCCAGCGUCCCUUCACGCAGCGGAGGAAAUGAAGAGAUCGGAGAAAGCGGAGCGUCUCUGGAGCUUGACAGAGAAAGGAGGUAUGCGGAGCUGUUCGAGCAGCUGGACUUGAAUAAAGAUGGCAGGGUUGACAUCAGUGAGCUGAAGAUCGGCCUGGCAGCUCGGGGUUUACAAAGCAGAGAGGCUGAGGAGAUAGUCCUUGAGAGUGACAUCAACCAUGAUGGUUUGCUGGAUUUCCAGGAGUUCUCUCACUACCUGCGGACCCAUGAGAAAAGACUGUGGCUCAUAUUCCACAGCCUUGACCACAACAAUGACGGGCGAAUCGAUGUGGGGGAGAUCCAGCACUCAUUGCAUAAACUUGGAGUGGACAUCACCUUGGAACAGGCCUCCAAAAUACUGCAGAGCAUGGACAGGGAUGGCACCAUGACUAUUGACUGGAAUGAAUGGCGUGAUCACUUCCUCUUUAACCCUUUGCACAACAUGGAGGAGAUUGUCCACCACUGGAAGCACUCACAUAUGAUUGACAUUGGGGAACACUUGACAGUGCCUGAUGAGUUUUCAGAGCAGGAGCGGCAAUCGGGUUUGGUGUGGAGGCAGCUGGUUGCUGGAGCUAUGGCCGGGGCGGUGUCCCGGACAGGAACGGCUCCACUGGACCGUCUCAAAGUCUUCCUGCAGGUACACGGCUCCACGGCUCGAGAGAUUAAUCUGUGGUUCGGCCUGAGGGGGAUGGUGCAGGAGGGAGGUGUCUCUUCACUCUGGAGGGGAAAUGGUAUUAACAUCCUCAAAAUUGCCCCUGAAUCUGCCAUUAAGUUUAUGGCCUAUGAACAGAUCAAAUGGCUGAUCCGAGAUAAUAAAGAGGGGGGCAAUUUAAGGGUGCAAGAGAGGUUCAUUGCUGGCUCUCUGGCAGGAGCUACUGCCCAGACUAUCAUCUAUCCAAUGGAGGUGCUGAAAACUCGCCUUACAUUAAGGAACACAGGACAGUACUCAGGUAUGGUUGACUGUGCCGGACAGAUUCUGAAGACAGAAGGCAUCCGAGCAUUCUACAGGGGAUACCUGCCUAAUACAAUGGGCAUCAUUCCAUAUGCUGGCAUCGACUUGGCUGUGUAUGAGACCCUGAAGAAUGCCUGGCUCCAGAGGUACUGUGUCAAUUCAGCAGACCCAGGAGUUUUGGUCCUGCUGGGGUGUGGUACUGUCUCCAGCACCUGUGGCCAGCUGGCAUCAUAUCCCCUCGCUCUGAUCCGGACUCGCAUGCAGGCACAGGCUAUCACUGAGGGCAAACCCAAGCUGACCAUGGUGGGUCAGUUCAAAUACAUCAUAUCUCACGAAGGUGUGCCAGGCCUGUACCGAGGCAUCACACCCAACUUCCUCAAAGUAAUUCCUGCUGUCAGCAUCUCCUAUGUGGUGUACGAGCACAUGAAGAAGGUCCUUGGAGUGGUUUACUAGACUGUGACGAACUGUGACAAACACAAAGGGCAGUGAAGGCAAAGACACUUUGAGUGGGAUCAUUGCACAGAUGCUGUAAACUUUUGUUAACACUGUCAGAUUCAAGGAAAUAAUCAUUUGUUGAUUUUGGAGAGGCUAAUGAUAGCUACUCUACCACUAUUAUGUUACAUAUAAGAUCAAAAAGUUCUUGGGAAUUAAAAUUCUUACCUGACUUUCGUUUGGCUUGCCUGCCAUUCAAAAGUAUCUCCUGUUUAACCAGAUGGCCUCCAAAGCAACUGCUAUUUUUAGAUUAUUCCAUAGAGAUCCCAUUCCACCUGUUGUACUUGUGCUUCUGCAGCGUGCGGCCGAUCACAGUUCAAAUUAAUCCAAACAGUGUUUCUCCAACCCGACUGUUGCAGGAAGGCACCUUUGAUGAGUGGUGCACGUGGUGAGUGAAGGCUGUGUUUGAUGUGACCAAAAAGGAUUCAGUGGCAUGUUGGCACGCAACAUUUCAGGUUGUUUGAUCUGAGUGUUCUCCGUCUCCAUCAAGUGCCUCAGGACAUUACAGUGGAAUUCCACUUUUACAUUGUUGCUCAUUGAUUGUGUACUGUGAAUGGCAGAAAAUGAUACUUACCUUUUUGCACAGGUCUUAUCCCAGAACUUUUGCCUCACAUCUCACACAUAGUACAGGCAACACAUUGACUUCAAGGAUAUUUGUGACACAAGCAACAUUUUGGGUUGGUUUAAAGGAAUCAGUAAAUCAAUAUGAGCACUGAUUUGUCUGAUGAUGCUUGAGGGAGGGUCAUAAAAUGCUACAAAAUAAGUUGGAAAAAAGUCAGUUUCAAAAUUCUGUUGCAACAAACUUGAGUUAAACAACUGAGUUACCUUGGUCACAUUAUACAUGAAUACAGAAGCACUGUGUGCAUUUGACCACCACAGUGAGUUGCAGCAUGACUUAGUUGUGCAUUGCUGCAAACUUGUGCAAACCUUUAACUGUUUUGCUGCUAGUUGUUUGCUGGAGACAAAAAUUAAUGUUUAAGCUGCAUUUUUUUCAUGUAGUGAAAAUGUGGAUGUGAACACUGUCCAUAAAACUUGGCUUUAUGGUUUAUGCUCCAGUUCCUGUAAGUUUCCAACAGGAGCAUGAUGUGUAUAUAUAUAUACUGCUAAAAUCUUGAAAGGAAUGUAUGCCACCUCAUUAUGUAUGACAACUAGGCUAUGCUCCAAAAUAGAAAACGUAUUAAAUGUUUGAACUAAGAAAGUGCACAAUUUUAAGACAAAUAUUAGCUCAUUUUCAAUUUGAUGGCCACAACACAACAGAAGGCUGGAAAAGUAAGUGGUACUAUAAAGAACAUUUUUCAACUAUUUAGGUUAAUUGGCAGCAGUAACAUGAUUGGGUAUAAAAAGAGCAUCUUGGAGAGACAGAGUUCCUCAGAUGUAAAGAGGCCAGAGGUUCACUAAUCUGUAAAAACUAUGGCCACAAAUUGUGGAAAUUUUUCAGAAAGAUGUUCUUCAACAUACAAUUACUUUAAAUGUCUCAACAUCUACCAUACUUCAUAUCCUCAAAAGAUUCUGGAAACCCAGAGAAAUUUCUGCGCACAAGAGUCGAGGCCAAAAAUUAAUAUUGGAUACUUGUGACCUUUGGACCCUCAGGAGCAGUGCAUAAAAACGGCAGGCAUGACUCUGUAAUGGAAAUCACUGCAUGGGCUCAGGAACGCUUCCAGAAAUCAUUGUCUGUGAACACAGUCAGUCAUUCUAGCCACCAAUGCAGGUUAAAACUCAAUCACACAAAGAAGAAGUCAUAUGUGAACAUGAUCCAAAAUGUUGUAUUCUUCUCUGGGUAAGAGCUCAUUUAAAAAGACUAAACAGACUGGUCUGUGGUCAGACAAAUCAAAAUGUUGUGAUGUUGUGUCCUCCAGACUAAGGAGGAGAUGGAUCGUCCAGAUCAUUAUGAGGGCUCAUUUCAAAAGCCUGCAGCUCUGAUAACAUGAGGGUGCAUUAGUACCUAUGGAAUUGGUAGUUUUCACAUCUGGAAAGGCACCAUCAAUGCUGACAGGUCUAUACAGCUUUUAGAGCAACACAGGCUCCCAUCCAGAAUGUAUUUUUAAGGGAAGGCUUUGCAUAUUUCAGAAAGACGAUGCUAAACUGCAUUUCAACAGCAUGGCUUCACGGUAGUGCUAAAUUGGCCUGUCUGCAGUCCAGGCCAUUCACCAGCUGAAAACACUGGCUCAUUGUGAAACCAAAAAUAUGACAAAGAAGACUCAGGACUGUUGACUAAUAAUCCUUCAUCAGACAAGAAUGGGACAUCAUUCUUUUCCCAAAAGUCCAGCAACUGGUCUCCUCAUUUCCCAGAUAUCGACAGCCUGUUGUUAAAAGAAGAGUGGAUGCUACACAGUGGUAAACAUGGCCACGUCCCACCUUUAAGAUGUGUUCCUGCCAUCAAAUUCAAAAUGAACUCUUACUUUUCUUAAAUUUGUACAUUUACAGUUACGAUUUUCUGUUGUGAAUAAAUACAUUUUCUAUAUGUGAAUAAAAAAAUGGGUUAUUAGUUUUGCAAA